AAACUGGAGUUAUUAACUGCUGGGUAGCGCAUUUUUUCAUCGGCAUAACAAGUCGACGCGUUUGUCCACCGACACGUUUCAGCGGCGAUGUUACAGUCCUUGGAAAAAUAUUUUUACACAUUUGAAAUUUGUAAAUUUUUAGGCGUACGCUUAAUAUUUUAGGCUCAAAGUAUUUUGUGAAAUUCGUGCAGUGACGUGGGUGAACAGAUAGAACACCUAAACGAAAACAAAUUUUACACUACCACGCGGGCGUUAUUCGGACUGAUAUUAAAUUUUGGAAUUAACAAAAAAAUUACUGACAAAGAACAUGGCGUCUCAUUGCUUUCAGUCACGCAUCAUACUUGGUUCUAUCUUAUUUUUAUUGAUUGGCUGCUCGAUCAUUGACGCGGCGGAAUUCACGGAGGAGCACAAAAAUGUUUUGGACAAACUCGCGAUGAUAGUGGCCGAAAAGGAGAGCAGCCCGGAAAAAACGGUGGUUGGUUCCAGAGCAGUUUUUCCAGCUCAAAAAGAGGAGACGGAACUGGAGAGAGCGGAAAGGGUUAACAAGGGAUUCGAAAGAAUGAUUCAAAUGGUGAACAUCCUCGGUCAAGUCGACAACUUUAUUUCUGACAGAACGAAAAAUGUCGUCCGUAAAUUAAACGCGAUGUACGAUGUUGACGAUCAUGAAAAAUCCAGAGGUGCAUGAAUACCGCGUGAUAAUCCUUCUCACUUUUUAAUCUGUAACUUAAAAUAAAAUAAGAUAACUCAAAUAAUUGAAAAAAAAAAAAAAAAAUACCUCACACUUCCACAAUUUCAUCGUUACAGAAAAUUCA